CUUAUAUUGACCAAAGGGGAGAGUUCUUAUAUUGACCAAAGUGGAGAGAGAUGAGACGACAGAUAGAGAGGCGUCCGGCGUCCGGAUAAAAGGGAUUGAUCUCCCAAUCCAAUCCAAUACCAAAUCUUCAACCAGGAAGCGGACGUUGCUCAUGGCGGUUUCCGAGGGAGGCAUGGAUGGAAAUCGCUCGCACCCAAUUCCAUUACGAUUGAUUCGUUGAAGUAUCUUGUCUGAUCGUUCCUCUUCAUUCUAUUUCCAUGCAAUUCGAGAAAGAAGGGUUGGUCAGAUUUUUCCGCUGCCUGUUGCUGCUCGAAAGACAUGGCAAUGUGGGUCUCAAUCCUCAAGAACCUGAGAACGUGCACAGUGAUAAUGGGGAUUUCGAAUGUGGUGGUGAUCAUUGUCGGUGCGAUCUUGGUAAAACUGGUAUAUCCAGCUUGUGCGUCCAAAGACAUUCUUCCCUUUAUUGUUAUAGUGUUGGGUUCUUGUAUCAGAAUUGGGAUUGUGAUCCGUACCGGCAUUGCGCAGCAAGCAAUCGCCACGAUAAUCGUCAAUUCCGUGCCCCAGGGCGCCCCUGUCCUUGAAGCGUGUAUUCGCAAGGAGAGACGGAGCAGGUACAAGAGAUGGCUUUGGUGGACCCGAUGCUUAGUGGUAACUACAGUGCUGCAGUUUGUGUCAACAGCUUACGUCAUGCUCAUUGUGCUUGAAAAUGUGUAUCAACGCGGAGCUUUGAGCAACUGUGUUUUAGGGCAUGUUUCAAAUGGUUCCAAGUGGCAGCAGUAUAUACUCAUUUUUUUUGUUGUCUUGGUGCUUUCUGUAGCCAUAUUGCAAUGUCUUAUGGGAUCUGAUGUUCUAAGAUGGAGGUCUUUCUAUGCAACUGAGGACAUUGCAUGGAAAACUCAUUACAAGGAGGUAUUUGAUCAUGGCAUUCGGGAGGCUCUAUGCUGUCUGGGACGUGUGACGUACAUGAAUAUGUCCGAUGAUGAUGAAAUUUACUCAGUGGCACAAUUAUUGGGAGACCUUGUAGCUUAUCGUGCAGCUGGCACUGGGCAUUUAGAACUUUUGGCAGGACUAGCUUUAUUUCAGAGGCGUAGACAAUCUCCUAAAAUAUAUGAAGGAUGUUUAGAGGCUCCCGAGGAGCGGAUUCAAGAGGCUACUGCUUUUCAUCCAUUUGCUGAAGCUGCCUAUACGGGUCUAUUACUUGAUAUUGGAAGAAAUCCUAUACUGUUUGCUUGUGCAUGGCUCUAUAGGCAAGGAAUUUUGACCCCCUGGACUCGUAACAGGCGCCCUGUACUUGAAGGUGACAACUGGUGGAGAGGUCAUGCAGCUGCAUUUUUGAAAUAUGCCAACUUAUCUCCAGAGGCACUUCGGAGAGGGCGAGUAAAUCAGGAUAAGUGUGAAGCUGCUUACUUUAUUGUUGUUCUACAUGAUAAAAAGUCUGUUGUAAUUGCUAUACGGGGAACUGAGACUCCUGAAGACCUCAUAACCGAUGGGUUAGGUAGAGAAUGCACCCUCUCUGUUGAAGACAUGAAUGGCUUAAUAAAUAGCAAUCACAUUCAGCCGGAUGUAAGGCAUGGAGUUAUUUCAUCUUUACCACACUAUGGGCAUUCAGGCAUAGUUGAGGCUGCAAGGGAUCUCUUCUUUCAAAUUGAAGGAAAUCUUGGAGAUAAUGGAUCUGCAGGUACUUCCUAUAAUGCAAGAGGAUUUCUUUCUUCAUUGCUUGGUGCUGGCUGCGAAUGUGAUGGAUAUGGUCUUCGCUUGGUUGGGCAUUCCCUUGGUGGAGCUAUUGCCACAUUAUUGGGACUUAGGUUAUAUCAAAGAUACCCAAACAUGCAUGUCUAUGCGUAUGGUCCCCUUCCAUGCAUGGAUCGAGUUAUAGCAGAUGCAUGUUCAGAGUUCACUACAAGCAUUGUGUACAAUAAUGAAUUUUCAUCACGCCUUUCAGUUGCUUCAAUGUUAAGGCUUCGUGCUACUGCACUUAAGGCACUUUCACAGGAUGCAACUGAUUCAACCAUAAUCUCAAAGCUAGCACGCAGAUUUUUGUUUGUGAGCAAAUGUGAAAGAAGUGACAUGGAUGAAAAGCUUGAAACUAAACAUGUGAACUCCGCCGCUACUGCAACUGGAGACAGAGAUCUCCAGUUCUAUAGGAGCGAAAGCGUGAAUGACAGUAAGGGACAGGAUGAUAAGUUUUCGCCCUGGCAAGAAAUGAACAAGAGAGAGAGUCGUAAUGAAGAAAUCAAUCACAUUGAUUCCACUGAUGAUUUUACCAAUCCUUUUUAUGCUGCUCCCGACAAUGUAAAUAUUUGUGGCGAUCCUGUAUCUGAGUUUAUGGCGGCUGUGCCAUCUUCUCAAAACGGAACAGCAGUGGACCUACCUGAGAUGUUUCUACCAGGUCUUGUAAUUCAUAUAGUACCACAGAAGAACAGCAUUAACAGCCCUUCAUGUAGUAGUUUGAUAACCAAUUCAUGGAGUUACAAAGCUUAUAUAGCAAACAAAGAAACCUUCAAGGAUAUAGUUGUUUCACCAUCCAUGUUCCUUGACCAUCUACCCUGGAGGGCCAAUUAUGCGAUGCAAAAAGCAUUGGAAGAGAGAAGGACCCAGAGUCUAUACCGAGCAUCAUCCCAAAUGGUUUAAGUUCUAUGUCGAGGUCGCGUGGAAUUAAUGGAACACUUAGAUUAUACCACUCAGGACCUUAGUGAGGGAGCAAUUACGAUUCAUCAGACUCAACAAAAACUGCUCUUUGCCCGCUCUGAAUACAGUAUGCUGCCAUUGAGGUUUCUCCAUUUAUAUAGGCAUCGUAUGGUUGUCUAUGCUGUCGCAUUGCAUUCAUUAUAAGCUUUAUUGUUAGCAAGUGGGGUUAGUUACAUGAAUUCGAAUUCCUCAUAAACUGUAAAAAUUUCAUUAAAUGAGACUAGUUACCAAUUAAGAUUUCUACGGAUAACCAUUAUUUUAUUUUGUCACAUGUUCUUGGCAAAAUUGGAUUUUAAGGCAUGCUUAAAUGAUGAUGAUGAGUCGUAAAUGCAACAGGGCAUCAAAUAUUUCCAUUUGAUUGAGCCAGUGGCAGUGUUCA